GUCAGUGUCCUACUGUCCUUAUUCUCCUCGAGAAAAACCGUUACCACAGGAACACAAAAGACACCAACAACACCAACAAUAAAAAAUAAUGUCAUGCCAGGAUAACAUUGCUGCGGGUCAUUUCCUGAUGGAUUCUUUGAUGGGAGGAUCAUCUUCUUCCUAUAGAGGCGAGGGCUUCUCCAGCAGCAACCCAGGAAUGUACAUCCACUCGGCUGCAUCUGAGUAUGGAUGCUCAAUGAUGAGACAUUUUGGAGUAGUUGGAUCGCCCCUUCCCAAAAAAGACGAGGUUCCUCCGAGUAGCCACCCUCUCGGCUCCUACCAAGAUGCGCUUUACCUGUCAUCCCAACUGGGCACUUGGACCUCUGUUUCUAAAACUAACAGUGACGAGCAACCUGUUGCCCAGUCCAGUUUACAACCGUGUUCGUUUCCAAUCGACAACGUCAAAAAGGAGGCGUUCUGUUGUCUGUAUCAGGGUGACAGUAGCAGCAGGGCUAAUACGGACAAUACAGAGUCGGCUACUUACAUUCGGCUUGGGAACAAUAGCAGCAGCCAGACGGACCAAACCGCUGUCUCGGAGGUGUCCGAAUGUUAUGGAGGAGUAAGAGGGGUAUACCCAGGAGAGAGCAGGGGACAGCGAGAGGAGCAGUUCGGGACAGGCUUUGCGUCUUUGGCCCCGGUGACGACAUCUGUUGAAUCACCAAGAGAAUCAACGGUUAACAAAUCUACGCAGGAGAAAGUUAGCGAGGAAACAGGCAUCGAAGAGGAAGAACAGCGAAAGCGCAAGAAAGAAGAGAGUGCAAAGACUGACAGUUGUUCUGAUAACUCUGACGAAUUGAAAGAUGAUUUUACAUUGGAAAAUGCUCCAGGAAACUGGUUAAAAGCCAAAACUGGACGGAAGAAGAGAUGCCCGUACACGAAGCAUCAGACGCUCGAGCUGGAAAAGGAGUUCUUGUUUAACAUGUAUCUGUCUCGCGAGCGCCGUCUGGAGAUCAGUAAGAGUAUCGAUCUGACCGAUAGACAGGUAAAGAUCUGGUUCCAGAACCGAAGGAUGAAGCUCAAGAAACUCAAUAGUGAAAGUCGGGGUCGGGAUCAUCUUAUGGCGGCCUACAACUUCACCUGAAAUUAUAUUAUCUAUAAAACCCUUC